UCCUACAAGUAUACAUACACAAGUAACAGAAAGGCUGGGAGUGAGUUUUGUAUAUUGCAAGGAAUGAACUGGCUGCUAACUGGCAUAAGGUUUUAGUUCUGUUUGAUUUAUAAGACGUGUAAAUAAAAUCCAAGAAAAAAAGAGAAAUGUCCAAAGAAAACAGAGACACUGGGAAAAGAUCGUUGCUGCAAAGAAGAGCAAGAGAAAGCAAGAGAGAGAAAGAAGGAAAGCCAAGCGUGCAGAAAGUCCAGGCAUCUAUCCCCAGCACAGCAAACGUUUUCUGAGAUCCUUAACCAAGGAGAGACUUUUAGAAGCCAAACACUCAGGUCCAAGACUCUGUGUUGAUUUGAGUAUGACCCAUCAUAUGUCCAAAAAGGAAUUAAGUAGACUGGCUGGACAGAUCCGAAGGUUGUAUGGCUCAAAUAAAAAAUCCGACAGACCAUUUUGGAUCUACCUCACUGGAUUCUCAACGGACAGUCCCUUGUAUGAAGAGUGUUUAAGGAUGAAUGAUGGAUUUUCUAGUUAUCUGCUGGACAUAACAGAAGAAGACUGCUUUAGUUUAUUUCCUCUGGGAAGCAUUGUGUACCUGACUCCUGACGCUGAAUACGCUCUUGAAGAUGUUGAUCUAAAUAAAGUUUACAUUCUUGGUGGACUUGUGGACGAAAGCAUUCAGAAGAAGGUGACAUUUCAAAAGGCGCAAGAACACUCUGUGAAGACAGCCCGUCUGCCAAUCCAGGAAUACAUGGCCAAGCGCCAGAACGAAAAAAACUAUCAUUCAGAGAUACUGGCGAUCAACCAAGUAUUCGAUAUCCUGUCUGCCUACUUUGAAACUCACAACUGGCCUGAAGCGCUGAAGAAAGGUGUUUCUUCCAGAAAAGGCUAUGUUCUUCAAAGCCCAGUGGGAUGACGGGCAGCCAAGACUGCUGCUGGAGGAGGUGAAGGUGCUGGAGGGCCUUGACCAAAGCCGAGAAGGCCGUGGCAGCGCACACUUGCUUUCACUUGACAUUUUGGCUCUUCACUGGGAUAUAAGUUAUUAAAACCAGGGGCCACAUUCUGCUCUUUUCUAUCUCCUGCAGUGCCUGGCUCACAGAAAGUGCCCCAAUACAUGCGAAGUAAAAAGUUUAUAUAAUAAGAAACGCCCUAAAACAAUAUGACUUUGAACGUUAACUCUUUUGUACAUUUAUGAAAACCCUCUCUAAGGGGAUAGCUUCAAUUCCACUAGGUAUUAAUUUUCACUAAGUUAUAUGACUUCCUCCAGCAGCCACUUCUGACCAUGCUGAGGUCAACUCGGCAGUAUGCUGUAUAAUGUGUGUAUAAAUUCCUUGUAGGAUCAGCCCGCCUUAGCCUAUGCCUAUGCCAAGUCCUCACAGCACACUGGCACUGCCUCCUGCGCUCCUUUGUCCUGAGGAUUUGUGGAGGGCUGCCUUCUUCGUAGUAGUGGCUUCCUAACAGCAAUUUGUGUCUCUCUGUAUUCAUGCUUUGUGCAAACUGUAUCUUCUCAUAUACUUGUAUUUAACUGUCCAAACUGGAAAGCACACAGUACUGACAAACCUCACUGAACGCUGCACUGCAUCUGGUGUUAGCACGUUAGAUAGAUAGCCUCUUACUAUGCAGUUCUCUGGCCGCACUGCAUCUGGUGUUAGCACGUUAGAUAGAUAGAUAGCCUCUUACUAUGCAGUUCUCUGGCUGCACUGCAUCUGGUGUUAGCACGUUAGAUAGAUAGCCUCUUACUAUGCAGUUCUCUGGCUGCACUGCAUCUGGUGUUAGCACGUUAGAUAGAUAGAUAGCCUCUUAUUAUGCAGUUCUCCGGCCCAUUUGCUACUAUCCUAGUUACGCACAGUUGCUUUAGUUACUCUGACCAGUUUGAGUUAGUAAAUUUGAUGACUAACCUGCUAGGAAAUGCAGAAAAUGUACUAGUUAAAACAAAAACAAAAAACUAGGAGCCAGGCACUGGCACACCUGCUUAAGUGCACAUACCACAUUACGCAAGGACCUGGGUCAAGUCCCCAGCCCCCACCUGCAGGGGAGCUUCAUGAGCAGAGAAGUAGUGAUGCGGGUGUCUCUUUCCUUCUUUAUCUCCCCUCACCUCUCAAUUUCUCCCUGUAUCCAAUAAUAAAAGAUUUUUUAAAAAGUAAACUUAAAAAAAAAGUCAUAAUUCUCGGCUCUGUGCUCAUCACAGUCAAAUACUCAGUAAAUUACUUGAUUUAUUACUUAAAAUCCCCCCCAAAAAAAUUGCCCAGGCUAGGAGAUAGCAAAAUGGCUAUGCAAAGACUUUAAUUAAAUGCUGGAGAUCCCCCCCAGGUUCAGUCCCCAGCACCACUACAAGGCCAGAGCUGAGUAGUGCUCUGAUUUAAAAAAAGCAGAGAAAGCCCAGCCUUUAGGAAACAAUGUUCCUGAGUCUUUAUGAACACACUGAAUGAGUUCUAUCAUCCUGUCACCCAAAAGAAACUUCCUGUAGAUGGACUUCCAGGGUCUGCAACUCUCAGGGAGGCCUCCUGACCCUACAGCCACUCGAUUGGGUUGUCCCAGACUUCACUUUCAUCUCUGAAGGCUUUUACAAAUACCAUGUGGCAUGGAGGAACUCCUCCAAGUCUAUCACAAGGCUCCACUUAAUUUGGGGGGUUGGUGGUGCACACAGGGACUCAGGAACAAGCCCCCACCCCACCUGCAGGGGGGACAAUUCAUGAGCAAUGAAACAGCUCCAUGCUGUCUCCUCUCAAGCUUCCCCAUCCCUCUCAAUUUCUCUGUCCUAUCAAAUAAAAUAAAAGGGAAAAGGGGGGAGGGGUCAGGUGGUAGGUAGCACAGCGGGUUAAGCGCAGGUGGCGCAAAGCGCAAGGAUCGGCGUUAACGAUCUCGGUUCGAGCCCCUGGCUCCCCACCUGCAGGGGAGUUACUUCACAGGCAGUGAAGCAGGUCUGCAGGUGUCUAUCUUUCUCUCCCCCUGUCUUCCUCUCUUCUCACCAUUUCUCUGUCCUAUCCAGCAAUGAGAUCAGUAACAACAACAACAACAAUAGCUACAACAAUAAAAAACAAGGGCAACACAAGGAAAUUAAAAAAAAAAAAAAAGGCCGCUAGGAGCAAUAGAUCUGUAGUGCUGGCACCAAGCCGUAGAUACAGCUAGUGGCAAUUAAACAAAACUUUUAGCUGGACCUCAACCAGAAAUCCUUACCGUGAACAACAAAAGAAAUGAAUACCCAAAAUAUUCUAUAACGUGAAAAAAAUGUUAUGCAGCUAUUGACUUUUCAAUAGUAAUCAUAAAAAACACACAUUACUGUUUGACAUGGGCCAAGCAAUAUGUACUGUAUAAUCCUGAUUUCAAUUUGAAUACUCAGAUAGUGGCUGAGAAUGUGGGCCUAGUUUCUUCAUCUAAGGUUAAGUGCUGUCUUUAGCAUCACUAAGAAUAAAUGAGUUAAUCCAUGCAAAAACAAACAAAACUUGGUAUAAUACUUUAUACUGAGUAAAGUCACUAUAGUUACCGCUACUACCCACUAAGGAAUGGAGUCAGAGGUGGUUUUGUUUGCUUCUUGUGUAUUCAUUUGCUUAGUGUACAUCUUACUACUACUAUCAGAGCAUUAUUCUAAUGUCAUUUUGACAGUAGAAGCUGAACUGUAGCAAAGCUGAAGUUAAUACUACAUAUACCACAAUACUGACUUUUAGUAAAUUUUAUUGUAAAAGACAAGUAAAAAAAAAAAACAUUCUACAGAGUAUUGUUACCCACAUAAACAUGGGUGGUAACCAGUAACGUUUUUAUAAAAACAUGUCUUCUGAAGAUUUAGGGCUUACCUAAAAACUUUCUCCUAGGAAACCCGCAGUCUCUUGGAUCAAACGACCCAUAUAAGUCCAUGAAAAUCAACUUUCUGCCAGUCUGGAGAAGAUCUCUUUUCUUUGAUCUGUUGUCAUAUGUUCACAGGCUUCUAAAAUGUUUGCUAAAAUUAAAGUCUGCUGAAUGGUU